AUGGGCUCGGUUCUUCCCGGGUCCAGUCUCGCUCUCAAAGCGGGUUUCAAGCCUCAGCCCGCGGUACCCUUGUCCCUCUCUGACAUCAUCACUUCGGACGUCCUGCACAGCUUCCUGUACGGCCGCUGGAGGCACGUGCUGGGCGAACACCCGCAGCACGAGGACCGCACUGCCCCGAGCUCGAGCCCCAAGACCGCGUUCACGGCAGAGGUCCUCGCGCAGUCCUUCUCCGGAGAGGUGCAGAAACUGUCCAGCCUGGUGCUCCCCAGUGAAGUCAUCAUUGCCCAGAGCUCUGUCCCAGGAGAGGGUUUAGGGAUCUUCUCCAAGACGUGGAUCAAAGCCGGGACUGAGAUGGGACCUUUUACUGGCCGUCUGGUGUCUCCUGAACACAUCGACCUGUUCAAGAACAACAACCUCAUGUGGGAGGUGUUUAACGAGGAUGGGACAGUGCGCUACUUCAUCGAUGCUAGUCAGGAGGACCAGAGGAGCUGGAUGACCUACAUCAAGUGUGCCCGUAACGAGCAGGAGCAGAACCUCGAGGUGGUUCAGGUGGGCUCCAGCAUCUUCUACAAGGCUGUGGAGACCAUCCCUCCAGACCAGGAGCUGCUCGUGUGGUAUGGCAACUCCCACAACACUUUCCUUGGGAUCCCAGGGAUUCCCGGAGGAGAUGAGGACCACAGCAAGAAGAGCAAGAGUGAUGAGUUCCACAUUGACCCUGCGGGCCCUGGCUCUGCCCCCCUGGCCAGCGUUGCCCUGAGUGUUGGCAGAAUGCGCUGUGUGAUCUGUCACCGGGGAUUUAACUCGCGCUCGAACCUGCGCUCCCACAUGAGGAUCCACACUUUGGACAAGCCCUUCGUCUGCCGCUUCUGCAACCGCCGCUUUAGCCAGUCCUCCACACUGCGCAACCAUGUUCGCCUGCACACUGGAGAGCGGCCCUAUAAGUGUGUAGUGUGCCAGUCUGCAUAUUCACAGCUUGCAGGACUACGAGCACACCAAAAGAGCGCCCGUCACCGCCCCACCUCAGAGGGAGGGCAGGGUGUGCAUGUGGGGCCAGCAGGCGUGCAUGUGGGACCGGCAGGCGUCCACGUGAGUGGGACGGGCGUGCAUGUAGGCCACAGCACACCUCCUCCCCCUCCACACCCUGCAGUCCUGGGCCACCACAUCCCCACCAUGGUCCUGUAG